AUGGAUGGCUGGAACGCCGUAGUUCCUUUCAGCGAAGAACAGCUGGAGCAAUUCAAGAAACGCAAGGGGAAAGCGGAGGAAGAUGAACCUGAAGAGGAGCCAGAAGAUGGAAAUGUAAAAGUAGAUGAAAAGAUGGUGGAAGUACUGCAGGCUGAGCCCCAUAGGCAGGCAAUGGCGCGGAAGGGUGAUGAAUACCUGCUGGAACAGCUCAUGGAAUUCCUCAGCGUUGUACUAAAAGACGAGGAGGAAUCAUCUAAGACACCCCCAGCAAACUACUUGCCAGAGUUCUUUGCUGUAUUUCUUGAGGGCCUCAUCGCUUCUAACAAAACCGAAGACCUGCAGUCUAAUACGGUACUGUUGGCUUACUUUGCCUACCAUCUCGGUGUCGAGUGCUCUACAUUCAGUGGUACAGUGGCCAUGGACAUGGCGCUGAGUCAAGAGCAGCGACUCUACUACCUUAACAAACUCCUGGAAGUGUACCAGUCCAGUGAGCAGUACUGCCUAGUCAUGGUGAUGCCUCAGUUCAAGCGCAGUCUGUUCAAGCCGCGCCGCUGGUUCGGUGAGCUCGCUGACAAGCUACAGUCUCUGGAAUACACAAAUGCUGCCUGGUUCCAGUGCCUGGGUACCAUCAUGAGGAUUGCACCCAAUCUCGUCGAAGGCAGCAUGAUCAAAACUCUGCAAAAAUGCUGGGAGGUUUGUGGGCAGCAUCAACCAGGCCUUAUGAAGGUGAGGAACUUGCUUCUAGAGAGCAUCCUUGCCACCUACACCGAACUGUUUCGAGUGCCGAAGCUCGUCCGGAACAUUUUCUCAUCGUUCACGAACCUGAGCAACCCGCUAGCGCAGACGAGCAUCCCAGUGUGUUUCCUGCACAAGUUCGCUGAAUGCUGCAUCAACCUCCCUCCCGGCCAGUUGACCGACACGUGGCAGUUUCUUGUAAUCCAACUCGGCUACUGGACGACAGGGAAUACCGAGGGAGACAUGUCUGAAGGUGAAGUGCCUGAAAAACAGGAGAACCAUCUACCCAAGAUCCUUGUUGUGACAGAAAUCUUCCAAACGUUUGCCCACCACAUCCAGGUGGUCAACCCAACUACGCCGCCGUUGUACGUAACAAAAAUCUGCGAGCUGAUGCAGGCCACCCGUGAGCUCGCCACUCAGAUGCUGGACGUGAGCAUCGAGAAGCAAAGUAAGCAACGUGCCCGAUGUGCCCUGUCUGUGUUUCACCUGUGGGGAGAGCUGCAUCUUGUUCUCUGCCUAUACCGGAGGAGUUAUGGUGAAGCAUACACAGCUCCCGAGCUGACAGCACCACUGGAGGCCACCGACCUUUCUUUCCUUCAUCCUUCCCUCACAGCCGACAAUAUGGAGUCUCUGUUGAACAUGAUGAAAACAGACAACACAAAGCUCAUAUGUCACCACCUCAUGCUUCUGUGGAUUCAAAAAAUUAGGGCACUUGUCCUUUUUACUGACGUUACCAACGAACAUCUUGAAGCGAGUUUGCAAGCUGCGGCCAAGUUGGUUUUCUCCUACGUUGACAUGACUGUGAGCACUUCAGUCUGGUCACAGAGGGUUUGUGAAAUCUCAGAAAGCCGUUUUCCUGUGGCUUCGUUGCACACACUGUUGAUCAACUUCCCCCUGCUGUCCCCUUACUUGCCAGCUAAGAAUGUCACAGCACUCUGCCAAUUCUUCUUGGAAGUGAUGGCACACACAAAAGGCAAAGAUGUGGUUGACAGGAAGCUCGACUCUGAAGAAGAUCCCAAAGGUCCCCGGUCAGGCACUCAUGACACCCUUUCGGGACCGGUGAAGUGGGAAAAGUAUGCAGAGACUGUCCCGCAGGCCGACUACAGCUCAAAACAGCUACUGUCUUCUGAGGCCUCACAAGAUGAUUGCGCCAUGGAAAAACUACCAAGCCUGCAAGUGGGCAGCAUGCUGGUGUCCUACCUCAGGAAGCUUCUCGGUUGA